ACCAUCGGUUCCAUCUUCUCCUUUCCUCGUCACACGGUCCGCUAAACUGCUAUCAGGGAGCUGAAAAAUAACUGGACACCCACAUAUUUUUAUAAGGACGUCUCCACUACAGUCUUUUUCUUUCGGGUGGUGAAUUCCGUGUUAGUGUUGAAUUAGCUGAGAUGAGACAGCGCAAAUGUAAUUUGUUGUCUUAGAUGAGCCGUGUCAGAAAAAGCAGUAUGAGAUGACAUCCGCAGUGAAACGAAUAGCAUGAUAUAUUUGGUUUAGAUGUGAAUUGAGCACUAUUGAUAAUGUAUCAUCUGUUUGAUGACAUUUUGUGAGGAACUUAAAGUGUUUCGACCGAUUAGACGCAGUGUCGGUGACACUGACAACGACAACGGAUUUAGGCGCUUAUCACAAAUGACAGACGUUUCUUUCUUAUUACGCUAUAUUCCAUAUACUGACCAUGUUUUAUUAGACUACAGUCUAUAUUUUUAGAUGGUCUUGAUGAGUUUUCAUAACGGCAAAUCGGCACAAUGUACUAGUAACUAGUCUAUUAGGCUACUAUUUAUUUUGAAUACAUUUUUAUAAAACAUAGAAGAAAAGUAAAUGAACAUUGCACAGCUAAAUAAUUUAAAUAAAAUCAUGGAUUUUAUUUAAUCAUGCUCAAUACAUGUUAUUUUAUUGCCUGAACAAUCUGAACAGACCCAAUUCCCCUCCAGUAAAACUGAGAGCAGAACUUCUCUGUGAUGUUGGACAUUAAAAUGAAGGAGGCGUGUCGGAUCUGCGCCCGUGAGCUCUGCGGUAAUCAGCGGCGAUGGAUCUUCCACCCAGCCUCCAAACUCAACCUGCAGGUGCUGCUGUCCCACGCCCUGGGCAGGGAGCUGACCCGUGAUGGCCGUGGGGAGUUUGCCUGUUCCAAGUGUGCCUUCAUGCUGGACCGCAUGUACCGCUUCGACACAGUGAUUGCCCGCGUGGAGGCUCUGUCCCUGGAGCGCCUGCACAAGCUGCUGCUGGAGAAGGACCGGCUGAGACAGUGUAUAGGAGGCUUGUACUGGAAGAACAACACAGAGGACCAGACCCAAGAUCAGACUGGGAUGGGAAUGGGGAUAGGGCUAGGGGGUACUGGGGCUGGAGGGCUAGGGGGUACUGGGGCUCCACCACAGGGGAGUCGCCCUCAGACAGCCCACCACUCUCUGUCCAGUGGUGGGCUGUCUGAGGGUGACUCCCCUGUGGUGGACCUCUCAGCCCUGCAGGAGGCCAGGUACAGCUCCCUGCUUCAGGGCGACCUGGCCAAUUCUGUGUACGAAUCCUGGGCCGACCACGAGGACCAGCAGAGUCCGGCCCCGGAUCACCAGCACCACACCCAGCAUCAUCACCCUCAAUGCUCAGGAUCAGAGACUCUGUCUGGGCAUCGCUCCAGGCGGUGCAGAGGGUGUGCGGCUCUCCGUGUGGCCGACUCUGACUACGAGGCCGUGUGUAAGGUACCUCGGCGGUUAGGCAGGAGGAGCACGUCGUGUGAACCCUCCACCCGCUACUCAGGCAGUGCCAUGGGGGGUGAGGAGACCUCCACAGGGUCAGAGUCCACGCCUGUCCCCUCAGAGUCCUCUCCCUUGGGGCCAGAGAGCGACAGGACCCUGUGCGAUGGGGACACAGAGAGGAUAACCCUCAGCCCGGGCUCAUCGAUAGAAUCUCAGGACACAGCCGUGGACGUGGCUCAGCCCUGUACCGCUCACCAAGUUGGGGAAGAGGAAGAGCAGGGAGAGGGAGGAGAGAAGGACCCAGGGAAGGAUCAGAGGCGAGACCCUCGUCUCCAGGGGGAUGAUGCCCCCAGGGAGGGGUCAGUCUCUGGGUUGACCAUGGAGCUGGCUCUAAGUCUAGUGAGGAUCUGGGAGUACAGACCUCUAAAGUCCCCUCAAGGCAGCAAGCUCCCUAUCCUGGUCAAACCCAAACUGGAGACGGGCCUCUCUGGGCUCCCCCUGUCCCUCAGAACCCCAGACUAUGACCUCUACUCCCACCCUGGUAUGCCAGAGUGGGUGACCCCCAGCAGUCAGCAGGAGCUGCAGACAGAGCUGUUAGAGAUGGAGGAGCAGUGGCUUGAUGACUAUGUGCAGUGUGGCCCCUUCUGCUUCCAGCAGAGGCUGCUAGAUGAACAGCAAGGCCAGCUUCGUCAGUAUGAGACUGCUGCAAGUCAGUGUGUUACUGAGCUCCAGAAGGCCCAGCUCCAGGUCCACUCUCUACAGGCCAAGAUCAGAGAGAGCGAGGCCGGGAACCAGAAGCUGCAGGUGCGACUCGGGGACAUGGAGUGCGAGCUGCGCCUGGUCAGAGAGAAGGCCCAGAGACAGGAACGAAACGUCCUCAACCUCACCGACACUGUCAACAGCAAGGAGACUGAGGCAGCAGAGUUGUACCGGGUCAUAGAGGAGCAGAAUAACGUGCUGUGUUCUUUGAAAGAGCUGGCCAACAGAACCCAGCUCCAGACACUACAGGUGUCUGGGGCGGAGUUAGUGCGAGGGCAGGGGGAGGUGCUGGCCCUCCAGGGCUCUCUGUUCCAGGCCCAGCUGGAGCUGCAGGAAGGCCAGAGAGCCCAGCGUCAGGCCACCAGGAGGGAGGAGGACCUCACCAGAGCCCUGCACCGCCUGGAGAAAGACCUACAGGGAGUCAUGGAUCACAGACACAGUACUGAGAGACACAACCAGGACUUGCAUCUGGUGCUUGAGAAAGCUCGAUCAGAGCUGCAGCGGAAAGAGGAACAGCUGAAAGAGAAGAAGGGAGAGAGACGGAGAGAGGAGGAGGAGAGGGAGAAGAGCAUCCGAGAGCUGAGGACCUCACUACAGACCAAAGAGCAGCUGGUGCAGGAGUACUCCGAGUUGUUGGACCAACAGCAGGAGCCCAGGGAGAAGAGGGACACUCUCCUCACCAAACUGAAAGAUCGCAUCAAGGACAGAGACAGAGCACUGGAGCGAGCGGUGGAUGAGAAGUUCCGAUGUGUGGAGGAGAAGGAGGGAGAGAUGCGUCGGCUACAGCUUCUUCUCAGAGAGAAAGAGAGAGACCUGGAGAGACAACGCUGUGUACUGUCCAACAACGAAGAGACCAUCACGAGCCUGGAAGUGCUGGUGCGUGGGAAGGGUUUGGAGCUGGAGCAGGUGUGUGAGGCAUGGAGGAGUGUACAGCGCCACCAUGAGGACAGGGAGGAGAGACACAGCCGCAGCCUGAGAGAGAGAGACACGCUCAUCAGCCAGCUACAGAACACCCUGCACACACGUACCAGUGAGGCUGAGGACCUGACUGGAGCCCUGCUAGAUAAGGUGAAGGCAGGUCCCAGUGAGGUGGUGGAUGAGCUGAAGGCUCGCCUCUCUCUGAAGGAGAAACUGUUCCAGGAACUGCUGUCCGACCGCAGCCGCCAGGCCCAGGAGCACCACUCACAGGUCCAGGACCUGCUCAACACCAUCGGUACUAGAGACCAGUACAUCCAGGAAUCGGCAGGUCGUCUGGGUGAGGUGAUGAGUGAGCAGACUGUACGUCUCCAGGAGCUCCGCAGACAGCUAACCUCUUGCUCCCUGGCCUACGGGUCCCAGCUAGGCCUCCGGGGUCCGGACUUCCAGGGGACCAGCCAGGACCUCUGGGCCUUGCAGGAGGAACUGCGUCUGGCUCUGCGGAGGGAGAGGGAGGCCCAGGCUGAGCUCACAGCCCUCAGGACCCAGGGCACUGCCAGGCCAGCUGACAGGCAGGCAGAGUUUGAGGAAUUCAGCUCAGAGGACAACGAUAAUGUUGAGGUCAACAGUAACUAUGCAGACAGCAUGGAGGAAGAGGACCCCAAACUGACAGCUCGAACCCUAGCCACCAUGCAGAACUCUGGAGGACCUGGGAAGGGGAAGCUGUCCCAAGAGGCAGUGGGAGACGCCCAGGGGCUGGUGGAGGUGAAGCAGCUGGUGCAACAGAAGAGGGUAGUGGGGAGAGAGCUGCAGGAGCUCAAGGCUCAGCUGGAGAAGUCUGGCUUCUCCCUGACCAGGAUGAGGAAAGCCCUCUUCAGCCUACGCAUGGAGAACACGGAGUUGAAGUCUCACCAGACAGAGAGACGGUCAGAGACGGACCCCAGGGAUGAGCAGGGAUUCCUGGAAGAAGGGGGGAAUGAAGAAAAGCUGGUUGUGGAGGAGGAGGACGAGCAGCUGUGUGGGGUGGAUCUAUCUGGUGGCUGGGAGGAUGAGUGUCUGUCCCAGGGGAAGUGCUGUGCCCCCAGGUCCACCUUGAGAGACCCUGGCCUGGGGAAGAGACACUGCACUAGGCCUGUCUCUUUGGACCUAGGAGACCUGCUGUCCCACUCCACAAAGGAAGGGGAAGACAUCACACCAAAUUAUACUCUAGUAACGCGUGCUACUGUAUGUAUGGAUGAUUAUGUGGAGGAGGCAGGAGGAGGAGAAGCUGGAGACAGGAAGCAGAGCCCCACAGAAACAGUGAUGGUUGAGAAUGCUGUGCGGCUCCGGCUGGAGAGCGAGGAGCUGCAGGAGAGACUCAUGGUUUCUGAGGCCACCGUGGAGGCUCAGGAGGAGCAGCUCAGAGACUACAGAGAUCUACCGAUGGAGACGUCUGUGCAGCAGGACAGUAAGCAGGUCCAGGUGGAUCUACAGGACAUGGGCUAUGAGACGUGUGGUCGCAGUGAGAACGAGGCUGAGAGGGAAGAGACCAGCAGCCCAGAGUUUGAUGAUCUGGAGAUGUGCACUUCUCUGGAAUGCGGCGGCUCCCAGUGGUGGUCAGGUGUUGUGCAUCCUGGGAAGGCCGGUCCUCCAACAUCAACCUCCAAGGCUGAUGACUUCACAUCUCUCCAGCGAUUGGUUGAGGACCUGCGCUCGCAACUCUCCCGCUCCCAGACGGUGAUCCGGAGCCUCCAGGGCCGCCUGUGCUCCCUCUCCACCUCCAGUGACCCCUUCGGCCCCUCCAACGGCCCAUCCACCCCCCGCAAGGUCAAUUGGGCCAUCCAGUUCCAGUCCUCGCCCUCCCAGAGCGGCCUGGAUGAGGACGAGGGCUGGGAGUCGUCUGGUGGGGGUCUAGGGCCCUCCCCACAUCACCCCAUACCCGACAAGGAUCUCCAGGAGCUGGUGUUUCGCGUGGGAGCCCUGGAGGACCAGCUGAGGAAGGGCAAAGGGACCCAAGCAGGAACUCCAGGGCUCCCUGCAGAGGGAAAGGCUUCCAUCUGGCCUGGGCCUGGGAAGUUUGAUACCCUAAUUCAGGCGCAGGCCCGUGAGCUGUCGCACCUGCGCCAGAGGAUGCGAGAGGGGCGUGGCGUGUGCCACAUCCUGACCCAGCACCUGGGCGACACCACCAAGGGCUUUGAGGAGCUGCUGCGUGCCAAUGACAUUGACUACUACAUGGGCCAGAGUUUCAGAGAGCAGCUGGCGCAGAGCAGCGCCCUGGCACAGCGAGUCAGCACCAAGAUCAGCGGACGUGAGUGGAGAGGGGAUCAUCCAGAGAUGCAUGAUGACAAGACUGGCACAGAGCUGCUCGCCAUACGGCUGAGUAAGGAGCUCCAACAAAAGGAUAAGGUCAUUGAGUCUCUCCAAGCCAAACUCAACCAGCGCCAGCCGCGCUCUGACACACCCUGCAGUAGCCAUGCCCUCUCUGACACCACUGACCAAUCAGACCGCAUCUCAUUUGUGUCUGAUGAUCAGGGCUCCACCAAUGAGGACCUGGAGCUGUGCUCAGACAUAGACGCAGCCAGCGAGUAUGGCCAGGAAGACAGACGUGCCUCCCCUAGAGCCAGUACAGAUUCCCACUGUAACAGUGUGCCCAUGUCACGCCACCCCUCCACCCCUCCAUCCAACACUUCAUCCCACAGACACCAGUCCUCCAUCAGCUGUCUCAGCAUGCAGCCGCCAGAGGACACACAGACCCAGACAGGCCUCUACAGUGGGCCAGUGUCCCGUCCCCUCCCCACCCCUCCCCAGCCCCAACCCCAGCCUCUCUACCACCCAGACCUCUCCUCUCAGAGAGCCCCUCUGCUCUUUGACCCCUACACGGGCACCCUGCGACCCCAUUACCAUGGCAGCGGGCCCGUGGGCUUCUCCCUGGCAGAGGUUCACCGGGAGCUGCAGAUGUUACAGAGACAGCUGGGAGAUACUGAGCGUUUUUCAGUUCCUUCAGCCAAGCCGUUUGUUGGCUUCCAGAUGUCGGCAGAUCCCUCCAGUUACCUGGCCCAGCCUCUGCCCUUCCACCCGUCUCCUCACAGUGGCCCCAUGAAGGUGGGCACCAGCCUCCUGGAGAGCAGUGCAAUGUGGGAUAUGGCUUACGGUGCUCAGCCAAUUAGAAUUGGCGCUGCUGAUUUGUCAUCAGGGUCGUCAGGAUACCAGUCUGGCACCAGCCAUACAGGUUCUGACCUAUUGAAGGAGCAGCUGAGGGAGAUCAGGAGUCUACGUCAACGCCUGGAGGAUUCCAUCCAGACCAAUGACCGCCUCCGACAGCAGCUGGAGGAGGGACUGGUCAACCAAGCCAGAGACAAAGGUGCCCCCACCAACAUCUGCAUCCAGGGCUUGGACUCUGUCAGCCAGCUUUCCAGUGAGAUCAGAGCUCUGAAAGAGGAGAACCUCAGCCUGCAGGACCGACUCCAACAAGCCAGCAGAGACAGCAAUAAGGAGGCGGAACAGCUGCGGGAGGCGUUGCUGUUGGGGCGUGCCCGUGUGAAGGAGGCAGAGUUAGAGACCGAGCGGUGGGCGGAGCCGGGCAGGAAACUGCAGAAGCAGACACAGGCUCAGACCCUGGAGAUCACCCAGCUGAAACAGGACAGGCAUAACAACCAGGAGGCCAUCAAAAGGUUGCAGCACGAGGUGAAUGUCUUUGAGCAGCAGGUGUGUGAGAGCCAUGGCCUUAUCCACUCUCUACAGUAUAAGCUCCAGAUGUACCACAGAGUGUGUGGCGUCCCAAAGAAUACACAUACAGGUGAACGGUCACACUCAGGGGAGUCUGCACCCUUUGACACCAGGGACCUGCAUGUUCAGCUGGGGCAGCAGUUGACCUCUGCGACAUGCCCUCCUGCAGCGAAGAGACAGCUCUUCCACGACCCUGCUCUCUCUCCCACUGUCCGAGAGACUGAACUCUUCAGCCCUGCUUCCCCUCUCUCCCCCACACUGGAUCCCCAGGAGACUGACUCUUCUCUGGAGGGCCAAGACCCAGACGUCUCUUUUACAAACCGUAAUGGCCGCUACGCUGUAGGGCACGUUGAUGACUUCCAUGCCCUACAGCAGCAGAUGCUGGAGGGACACGUCCUCAUCGGCAAGAUGGAGGCUGCCCUCCAGGCCACUGCCAACCAUGCUCUCCUGGAGCUCAGCCUGGAUAAGCCUGCGGAUCCUGGCUUCGCGAAUAGACUGCUGACCAGCACUAAGACCCUGCGGCAGAUCCUUGAGGAAGCCAACUCCUUGCUCAGAAUGUUCUGGAGGGCAGCCCUGCCCAGUUGUGAGGGGUACCCUCAGAGCACCAAGGAGCUGUCUCUAAAGGAUGAGGUCCACACGCUCCGUCAGCGGCUCUCACAGCAGGAGGAGGCUCUAAGGGACGCCAUGGAGACCCUGAAGAGCUCCAACCGCACCAAAGACAGCAUGGAACACUUCAUCGUCAGCCAACUGUCGACAACAAAGGAUGUCUUGAAGAAGGCACGGACAAAUUUAGAGGAGAACAAGCAGAGAAUGUCCUCCACUUCUCCCCCCCUUCCUCCUCCUCUUUGUCCUCUUCCUCCUGUCCCUGGGUUGGUAAAGGUACUGCUUCCUGGCUUGCCGUGCCUGUCAGUGUGCCUGUAUCAGAUUCCUGUAAUCCACCCUUCCUUUAACCACCAUCUAGAGGUCUUCAUGGAUCCACCUGUACCCGAAUACCCGAGACCUGAUCUGGGACCCGAGUGGGUCCAGAUCCAGAAUUCUAAAUAAUGUCACGGGUUGGGGUCGGAUUUAUUAUGACUGUAUGGGUAAUUUUAACUGACUUGUCCGGAAUGGGCCGUAUAGAUCUGAACUUGACUGCUACAGUAGAGAGAGAGAGAGAGAUUUUUAAAAUGUAUGCUCCUGCUCUUGCUUUUCAUGAGAGUGGAGUGUGGUGCGUGUAGCUUGUUGUUGGCCAAUCAUGAGUCAUCAAUGCGGCAAUAGGCUACAGUCAUAGAGCUCACUCCGUGUGUGGCAAAGGUUAGGAGAUAUAUAAUCAAUGGAAGAUGGAAUUACAAUGACAGAAUUUAAAGUUAAAGGAGAAGGAUAGGCUACAACGACCAAGAGCCAACAGGUAGGGUCUACUUAAUAUUCUGAAUGGAGUUGUUGUUAUUUUUAACUGUACGAUUAGAAAAUGUGUGCACUGCAGCCUGUUAGCCUAGCUAGCUAACAUUAGCUAGUUUAACUAGCUUCUCGCGGGUUGGUGUAGUCAAAUCAGGUACUACGUAAUCAUAUUUUAUGAUAAAUAACCUACCUAUGGCAAUUAUUAGUCUACUAUAGUGUGAGUCGGCUUGGUUGGUUGCUGUCUCAUCUCUCGCUCCCUCCUCCCUGUUUCAAUCGCUCACAGUACAGCCCCUCCCUGCCUGCUAGAGUGGCACCUCUCUCCCUCCUCUUGCGCUUUAUCAGCUCUGGUUAGUAAAGUAGCUCAAAAAAUACAUUUUCUGCUGCUUCCCUCACUCAGGUCAGAUCGAGUCUGGAUCCAACCAGAUCUAUAUACGAAACAGGUGUAGUUGUCCGGGUGGCAAAGCUCCAGGUCCAUUUCGGAACCUGCGAAGACCUCUACCACUAUCCUUUAACAGUAGAACGCCCCCUACUGGCAUUAAACAGCAGUACAUGAUCCCCUCUUUGACUCUCACUUAGUUAAUGUUUUUUUUUGUAAUACCAUUGUAAUACCAUUGUACAGAUAACAUCUUCUAACACCUCCUUAUUGGGAUCAUACUUGUUGUAGGCCUACCAUCAGCAGAUUUAAGUUACCCUAAUUUAAUUUGCUAGUGUCUAAGUAUGAGUGUAUUAAUAUUACACUGGUUAGGAAUUAAAGAAGUAUGUGCAUUAUUUUAGUAAUUUUUGUUAAAAAUCUUUAAUGGAGGGUUUUCAUUGUCUUACUUCAGAUAGCGCAAUGACUCAGCAUAACAUAAGUCAUGACAUUACAUAGUAACAUGAACUAU